AUGGCAGAAACAGGCAAGGGUCCUGGUCCAUGCUUCGAACUGGCCCCUGGAGUGCCUCUGGAAGGCGACAUUUCGUCUCUUGCGCCGAUCGAGGCGUUAAGUAUACUGUAUUUACACGUGAACUCGAUUAUUGGCAUCAGCGGAGAUGUGUCUUAUUCCGAAUUUCUACGGCGGCAGUCACUCGAAACUUCGGAUCAAGAAAGGCCCAACGCGAGACGAGACGCGGCAUUGGUUCGGAACUUUUUUUCAAGACAGAUUCCAGGGAUCUCGCUCAAGGAUUAUCUUCUCAGACUCCAUCGUUACUGCCCAAUGUCCACGGGGGUAUAUCUCGCUACCAGCUGGUUCAUCACUCGAAUUGCCCUGGUUGAGAAAAUAGUGCCAGUUACCGCGUAUAAUGCACAUCGGCUAGUCCUUGGCGGUCUGCGGGUAGCUACGAAGUUGCUCGAGGACCUGCAUCACUCUCACGAACGGUUCUCCAAGGUUGGAGGCGUGGCGGAGGCACAACUAACGCGAUUUGAGAUCGACUUCUGUUAUUUGAUGGACUUUGACCUUAAAGUUAACUAUGAAAUCCUCUCUCAGGAGAUUACAAUGUUUCAAGAACGGCUUGACGAUGCUUUAUCAAGCCGUCAGAUGGUAGUGCAAGCGCCAUAA